CACCUUUACUUACAGCAUAUACAUACAAGCUUGGCCCCACCCACCACCGGGUGACGACACAAUCCCAUUUCCCCCUCUUUACUUUUUCCACUUCAAUGCUCUAAUUGACAACCAAGAACCAUCUGCAGAAAAUACAGUGUAACCAAAAACAAGCCAGCUGAAUAAAUAAAUCAGUUCAUGAUUCCCACGUCUUCUUCCUUUUUCUUUACCAUUCCUUCAAUCCAACUCCACUCACUCCACUCAGCACAAAAUUAUUAAAUAAAAUUAUAAUUCUUGAAAAUUCCCUCCAAACUCAGCCCCAAUUCCAACCAAGACCAAAUCUUUCUUUAAUUCAAUCCCACCACUUGUAGAUUCUCCAAGAACCGCAAGCACCCAAUUUCUCGAAUAAAAAAGUUUCCCGAGAAGAAAAGAAUAGAGGGUUUGUGGAAAGAUCCCAUUUUUGGUUGAUCCGUUCAACUCUUGUUGCAAAUGACAGAGGUGCUCCACUCCCCCUCUUCCUCCUCCCCCACUUCAAUAUCCACGCCCACCCACAAUGCCACGUUGUUUCACCAGACUGAGUCAUAUGAGGAGGGAUUUGCUGACGAGUUAGAGAGAGAGGUGGAAGAGAUUAGAGUGAGGGAGGAGAGAGAGAAAGACAGGAGAGAUCAACUGUCUCUUCUAGCACUCUUGCUGACCCUCUUUAGGAAGAGGUUUCGGCUGGCUUGCAAGACGGAUAGAGACAAUUUUCCUAGCGGCGGUGGUGGGGUUAUGGAGAUAGGUUGGCCUACCGAUGUGCAGCAUGUUAAUCAUGUCACAUUUGAUAGGUUUGAUGGGUUCUUGGGUUUGCCUGUUGAGUUUGAGCCUGAGGUUCCAAGGAGGGCUCCUAGCGCUAGUGCCACUGUUUUUGGAGUUUCUACCGAAUCAAUGCAGCUGUCUUAUGAUCCACGAGGCAACAGCAUUCCGACCAUCCUCCUGCUUUUGCAGAGACAUAUGUAUUCCCAAGGUGGCUUGCAGGCUGAAGGAAUUUUCAGAAUAACGGCGGGAAACAGCCAAGAGGAGUAUGUUAGGGACCAAUUAAAUCGAGGAGUUAUCCCCGAAGGCAUCGACGUGCACUGUUUGGCUGGCCUGAUCAAGGCUUGGUUUCGAGAACUACCCCGUGGGGUAUUGGAUUCUCUCUCUCCCGAGCAAGUGAUGCAAUGCCAGUCGGAAGAGGCCUGCGAUGAACUAGUCAGUCUUCUACCCCCGACCGAAGCUGCUCUGUUGGAUUGGGCGAUCAACCUAAUGGCCGACGUCGUCCAAGAGGAACAUCGGAACAAGAUGAACGCACGCAACAUCGCCAUGGUGUUUGCUCCCAACAUGACUCAGAUGGCCGAUCCAUUGACUGCACUGAUGUACGCUGUACAAGUAAUGAACUUCCUCAAGACUCUAAUUGAGAAGACUCUACGAGAAAGAGGCGAUCGUAUCAUCCAGCAGGCCUCCACGCUCCGCAUGGAGCCUUCUGACGACGAUGGCCAUCGGACCUGCUCACAGGUCCGCCACGAAAACCGUCCCGAGCCAUAUGAAGAGACGAGGCAGGCCUUUAUUGCGGAGGAUCCCCGUACAAAGAGCGGUCACGGAUCAAACCAAGUCGGAAACACGACCGAUGAGGACUAUUUCAGCUACUCGACGUCUACUGAAGAAUCCGAUGGAAGCGAGUCUUGUGAAACUCCUGCUCAAGAACACAAAGCAAGAGCAGCAAACGUCGUUGAGAACCUGUUGGAGGAGAAGAAGACAAGCAACUCAUCCGAAUCAAGGCAGGACGUCCAGCAGCAAGCCGCAGACGCUGCAGCCACCAAAAUCGAGUACCUGAGCAACCUGAGCCGGAUAAAUUCGAUGACUGAGCGAUGCGAAGCGUGGCGUUGAACGAAAAAGGUCCACGCUUUCAUCACUUAGCUUCUGAUUGUGAGUUUAUGUGUGUGUUUAUCUAUUUACUGUUGUGCCCUUUGGUUUCCACUUGAUUCUAAGCGCCAUGUAUGUAUUGUUAGAAGAGAAAAGAUUUGUUUUAAUUGCAAAUGAGAUGUAUGGCAAUGGCAGGACCACAAUUACAGACAGUGUGUGUAAUUGGUGUCGAUUUGCGAGCAAUCGACAUCUCCCAUUUGCUUUAACAUGACAAAUAUUGAAUA